AUGUGUCUACUCGGUCACCGAUUCAUUGCAUCCCCGUGGCAGCUGGGUGUGGACGCAAAAGAUGGCCAAGCCGAGCUGGGCAUAGAAGCUGCGCAAGAGCUCGGAGUCUGCGCAUUGGAUGGCCAUGAAAUGCGAUGGCGAAAUCAACGGUACGUCUAUGCCAUCACACAGUUUCGAGGCAUGCUCUACUUGCCGGCAUCUGACGAGACGGUCUUAGCCCCUCGGUCAGAUCAAAGCAUGUUCGGCCAUUGGUGCUCGCCGCAAGCCGUAAGUUACGUCCAACGGCUUCUGCGCUGCGAGGUGAAGGGCAACCUUUGCAUCGACCCACUUCUGGGCAAGAAAAUGCGGCUACCCUUCGCAUCCAUCAAAGCUCGGAAACAGGGAAAGCGCGACGAUCUUGGGUAUGGUAUCGAUGUCGUGCGCACCACGACCAGGCCCAUGAAGACACCAGGGUUGUCGUACUUCGUGCUGGCAAUGCUGCAGCUUCGUGUGGCAUGCGUAGAAGACGAGCAACAGCGACGUGAUGUCGAAAAGAAGCUGGAG